UGCGGUUCAGCAUUUAUUUUCGCAGGCAAAAACACGAAAGCAACAUAGGAGUCUGCAACCCUGACUGUCAAACUGUAUAUUUGAGAAAAUAAGCAAAAAAAUUUGCAUUUUACUGUCAUUGCAAUAAAUAAACUGAAAACUUUGUUAAAUGAAGACUUUCAAUUUGAAUAGAAGUUAGAGUGAUAAAAAUAACAAGUAUAGGGUUUUUAAUAAUCUAACUUUAUGAAAAAGUAGUACCAAGAGUAAUUGAGCUGAUUGUGUAUAGCGUAAAAGCAUUGUGACGCAGCGCUCAGGUAGCAGGAAGAGUUGCUUCUGGUAGUGGACAACUAUGUUAUGGCAUCUAUGUCUAGCUCAUCGACCGAUGAGAGCUUCAAUGCACCAAAUCUGAAAUUUCACGUGUCCAGUUCAAGUGAAGAUGUUUGCAAAUAUACGGCUGGUCAUGCCAAUCCCGAGGAUAUUCUGGGGCUGAGAUAUCAUUGUCCACUGUGUGGAAAAUCCCAGCACCAGCAUAAUUUUCACUGUUGCUCAUGCGUGCGGAAUGGUAACAUUGUGCACAGUAAUGUUGCUGGUUGUACGCAGAAAGAAAACCUUUUUGAGAAACAACAGAAAUAUAUUAAGAUUAAAGGCGGCCUCAAGGACUUGAGUAUUCGAUAUGAACGGUUCAUGCGUGAGCAGCGCUCCAGCGAAAACUUGCAAUGUGAAAUUAAACGUAAAAAGCAGAGGAUUCAACUGCUAAAUAGAUUGAUAACUGAAAAGCAAGCGUUAUUGGCAAAUAGGAAAGAACAAAGGGAUCUGCGGUGCAAGGCAAACAUUGAUAAACGCAAACAGUUGCCAAACUAUCCAAUUAAAGUGAAAGCUCUAGAGGAUUAUGUUUUCGAUAGACUCGAAAAAAUUAUUAAAUUGCGAGAGUUGUAUGGUGGGAUGAUGAAUAAAGUGCAGCAAGUGACACGUCAUGAUAUAAACCAACUGGUGAAGUAUAUAUUUCAAAUUUCGGAGGUGGUGUUGCAAGACGAAAAACAUCUUAAGGCGAUUAUUGGCGAUGUACGCGGUGCGAUACCAAGUGCUGGACCCGGUGGUGACGCCAGCAAUGAAACUAACACUAUGGAACAAUUGGCCGAUGCUAAAAACACAUCUUAUAUUCGCGGAAAAUGGGUGUUUCAUGGAAGCGGUAUUAGUGAGAUGCAAUACCGCAUUGUAGCACCGUCAUUGCCGGCUAAUGGUGACUACACUGCGUAUUUAGAUUGGCUUACCGACAACAAAGAUGAUGUGCCGAAGAACGAAGGUAAUCACAUAGCACCAAGUCGCAUAAGUGCUUUUCGCAUCAUUGGUGCGCUCACGUAUACCACGCAACUGACCGAGUUAAUGAGCUACUAUCUAAAUGUGCGUCUACCCCAUAGGGUUGCAUAUGGUGACUUUUGCCGCAAACUUAACGAAGAGCAAUUCUUGCGCAAAGUUUCGCGUUUAAAUUCAAACAUUAUGUACCUCGCCUACACACAGCAGGUACAGCUGCGAAAUCUGAAUGAAAAUCAUACACUGGAAAACAUAUUGGCCAUUUUAGAUGUAGAAAAGAGUAACUUAGGACGACAUGGAUUCUAUGAGAUAUCAAAUGCACCAUUAAUGAAAUCGGUCGAUUCUCUGCUUAAAGGCAUUGAAACUGCCACGGAAUCAGAAUCGGAAGAAGAAAAUUCCUUACGCUUAGAUUGGGAAUCGGUGCCAAACUUCCCAGACGAGCCCGAGAUUAGUGAAUCGGAUUUAAUUGCAACCGCCGCUGCACAACAAUCAAGUAUCACAGGGGGUCUCAUGACCACAGCAGCUAAUCGAAUAAGCGCAAUACUUCGAUGGCGAAGAUAGGGGUAAUGUGGUUUUUAGUGUUCGUAUCGUUUUUUAUUAAUAAUUUUAACAGAGAAUUAAACACUAAUUAUGCUCGUGGAUAUUGGGUAUAUCCAUAUAUAUUUUGGACUUUACAUACACGUACCUACACUUCUACGACACAAACAUACAUAUAUACAUUAUUAAAAUGAAAUAUAAUUCAAGGAGAUUUAUGUAGCAAAAAAUCAUGUUUUUCUAUUAAUUGGGAUUUUCGAAGCAUGUAAUUAAAUCCAUAACGUUUUAAGCUUGCUUCCAGUAAUCUAACAUGUGACAUCUUCAGAUAAAAAGAGAAAUAAUCUUGGCACAGAAAAGAAACGUUACUUUGGAUAACUUAAGUAUGCGCAUGUUGCAGUUUUCCAAGAUAAUCAGGCAGGUUCUGAAAUUCACUUCCCAGUAGGUGAUUUCAGGAGCUAAAGUUCCUUCGAAAAGGCCUUCUUGACAACAACCUUCAACAGGCCUUCCAUUCCUUUCUCCUUGGCACAAAUUGCUUUCGCUACCCAGAGAAAGGCUUCCAGAAAGCCUUUUGGAGGUGUUCUUAAAUUUAUAAAAAAUCAUUUUAGAUGUUAAAUAAUUAAACUUAAAUAUUCGCGUAAAUUGUGAUAUGAAAAAGCCCUUUUAGAAGCCUCACAGGGAGAACUUUUUCACUUCUUGGGUAGGCCUUUUAGAAUGGCUUCUGGGUUCCGAGUGAAUUUCAACACCAUUCAAUUUAAAUUCAAAGUGACUUGGGUUGAAAUUGUUCAAGGACAUUUAUUGAAGUUGAGAUCCCGUACGAGUCCGAACUUGUCGGAAAUAGUCUAGAAAAUAGUACUGAAAAUUGAGGGGCGACCUCUGACUAUUUCUAAUAUGUACAAACUCGUACGGAAUUGAUACUUGUAUUUUAUUUAAAUGCAUUUUCUUAACAAAAAAGCUCACUUAAACAAUUAAUAUGCCACUUAAGCGGAUUUACAAUGACGACGAGGUUAUGCUGUCAAAAAUAUAACAAACAUUUCCAGAAC